AUGGCGGAAGAAGGACAAUAUCAACCUAAAAUUUCCCCAAAACGGCUAAAGCUUGAAGAAAUCGUUGAGGAGGGGGGAGACGAUCGAAUUAGUGUGUUGCCUGAUUAUUUGCUUCAUGAAAUCCUCUCUCGUUUACCCUCCACAAAAGACGCAAUUAGAACAGGUACACUCUCCAAACGAUGGGAACAUCUUUGGACUUCGGUUCCUACCCUAAGUUUUACAAAUACAGAUUAUUAUGAUAUCUUUUCUGAAUCCCCCCGAAACCCCAACUCAAGGUCCGAUUUCGUUUCAUUCGUUGACAAAACCCUAACUCAAUGUCGCCAAUUGAAGCUUAAAAAAUUCCAAGUGUGUAGCAGUUAUGAUAUCCGAUUUAAAUCACAAGUCAACAAUUGGGUUCGUUAUGCUAUAAGUCGGGACGUUGAAGAGCUUGAUUUGAGGUUUUGGAAUAGGGAAUCCUUAAUUGAAGUUCUGUUGGAUGAAUAUCUUUUCAUCAGUUCAUGUUUAACUAAGCUGAGAUUAUACAGCUGCAAACUGAAUCCAAGUGGGGCAAUUAGUUGGACAAAUCUCAGGAGAUUGUGUAUUUCUUGGGGGCACAUUGAUGAAGAUUUGAUUGAAAACAUAUUAUCUGGUAGUCCUGUAUUGGAAACUUUGGUAUUGAAUUACUGCUAUGGUUAUAGGCGUCUGGAUAUUACCUCAAAGAGCGUUAAGAAGUUGGUGUUCUCAGGAUACAUGGAUCUUAGUAGUCUAUUUGGUGUCAAUAUUAUCGAAAUCAAUGCUCCUAAUAUUUCAUCACUAACAAUCCAAGAGGACUCGGUGUUGAAUAAGCUGUUGUUGCUAAAUGUAUUUUCUUUAGUUGAAGCUAACUUGGAUUAUACAAAUGUAUCUCAAUGGGAGACAAUGUCUGAAGAAGAGGAAGAAGAGAUGCUUAAAGGAUUAAUGCUAAAUCUUAGCCAUGUCAAGGAGCUUAAUAUUGGGGAUUCUUGUUCAAAGGUUGUGUCUCGUUUGGAAGCAAAAGGUUUUGUAUUUCCAUCAAAUAUGAAGUUUCCUGUUAUUCGGCAUUGGUAUGAUAAUGAUUCAGAGUGAUUCAUUUCAGUUGAAAUGGAGGUUGCUGAUGCUUUGAAUUCAUGUCAUGUUUAGGCAUUUUAGUUAAACAUUUUCUGUCUGGUUAAUGCUUAAUUAGUUGUUACUCUAGAGCCUUUGUUUUUGUUUCUAAUCUUUGUAAUGGCAUUUUCUUGAGCAAAAUGGUCAAAUGUUCCUUUGUAUGACUUAUGGAGAAAUUAUCUAACAUGUAAAUAAUUGCAGCAGAC